UGAAUUCCUACGAUCUCUUUGAAGCGUUAUCUCUCACGAAGUUUUCGUUACACAAAAUGAAUACUUAUUCGAUACUCUUGUACCGCCAUCGAUCAGUUCUCAUCGAACAUCUGGCUACGUCGCAUCGUUAAUCUUUCAACGGAUGCCCAUCCAAAGAUGCUCAUCGACCAUUUCUCCAUUUUGAUCGUGCUGGUCGCGAUCGGUGCCCUCCAUGCUGGAACCGUUCGCCGCUCCAACGACAUUCUGCCGAAGAAUGAAGCCAAAGCGUUGCAGGCCCUGGAGCGGUGCGAGAGGCGCUUCCAAGAAUCGAAGGCCAAACAAACGCACGCUGCCUGGGCGUACGGUUCCAACCUGACCGAGUUCAACCAGCAGCAGAAGAUCGCGGCUUCCACUGAGUUCGCUGAGGUGGCAAAGUCGGUGGCUCGGGAGUUGCAACAAUUUGAUUACGGGUCGUUCCGCAACAAAGAUCUGAAACGGCGGUUUCAGAAAUUGACGGUACUGGACAAGGCGGCACUACCAGAGGAUAAGUACAAGGAGCUUCUGGGAGCUGUUGCCAGGAUGGAGUCCAACUACGCCAAGGUCAAGAUUUGCUCGUACAAGGAUCGAUCCGACUGCAGUUUAUCAAUCGAUCCGGAAAUAACCGAAAUUAUCGGCACUAGUCGUGAUCCGGAGGAGUUAAAGUAUUAUUGGCUGGAGUGGUUCAACAAGGCCGGCAAACCUACCAAACCCGAUUUUCAAAAAUACUUGGAAUUGACCAAGGAAGUGGCGAAACUCAAUGGCUAUGACAACGGUGCUGAUCUCUGGUUGAAGGAAUAUGAUGACCCGACUUUUGAGCAGCAGGUUGAGAAUGUGAUCACGCAGAUCAAACCAUUGUACGAACAAAUUCAUGCAUAUGUACGAUUUAAGUUGCGGGAGAAGUACGGACCGGAGGUUGUUUCGGAAACUGGACCGAUCCCAAUUCAUCUUCUAGGAAAUUUGUGGGGACAAGUUUGGGAGAAUAUCGCUGAUUUCACCACACCCUUCCCGGAAAAGAAGCUUCUGGACGUGACGAAGGAAAUGAAUAAGCAGGGCUACACCCAACUGAAGAUGUUCCAGAUGGGCGACGACUUUUUCCAGUCUCUCAACAUGACCAAACUACCACAGGACUUCUGGGACAAGAGUAUUCUUGUGAAACCUACCGACGGACGCAAUCUGGUCUGUCACGCCAGUGCCUGGGAUUUCUUCGCCACGGACGAUGUUCGCAUCAAGCAGUGCACCCGGAUUAACAUGCGUGAGUUCCUUGUGGUUCAUCACGAGCUCGGACACAUCCAGUACUACCUGCAGUAUCAGCAUCAACCCAUCGAAUACCGUGGUGGUGCCAAUCCAGGAUUCCACGAAGCCGUUGGUGAUUUGCUGUCGUUGUCGGUGUCCACGCCGAAGCAUCUCAAGAAGGUCGGACUGCUGAAGGACUACGAAGAAGACGAUCAGAUGAAGAUCAACCAGUUCUAUCGUUCGGGCGUUACCAAGUUUGUGUUCCUCCCGUUCGCCUACACCAUGGACAAAUACCGCUGGAGUCUGUUCCGGGGUGAAAUUCAACCGCAUGAAUACAACUGCCGCUUUUGGCAGCUCCGAAGCCAAUUCAGCGGUGUGGAACCACCAGUCCGUCGCACGGAGGAUGAUCUUGAUGCUCCGGCCAAGUACCACGUGUCGGCCGACGUCGAAUAUUUGCGCUAUUUUGUAUCCUACGUAAUUCAGUUCCAGUUCCAUCGUGCAGCUUGCCGUCUAGCCGGGCAGUACGUACCUGGCGAUCCGGAAAAGACUUUAAACAACUGUGAUAUCCACGAGAGCGUUGAAGCCGGAAACAAGAUCAAGGAAAUGCUGUCACUGGGUUCGUCCAAGCCGUGGCCUGAUGCGAUGGAGAUUUUGACCGGAGAGCGUAAGAUGAGUGCCGAUGCCAUAUUGGAAUACUUCCAGCCGCUUUAUGAAUGGCUUGUUGAGGAGAACAAGUUCUUGGGGGCGCACGUUGGCUGGACUGCGUCGGACAAAUGCGGCGGGACGAAUUUUGAUUUUAUGCCCUCUAAGAAGUGAAACACUUCUGCUAUUUUUUAAAUGUUUCGAUGAAAAUGAUUAUAAUUGUUUUAAUUGUGUGAUAUGUAUAAUUGUAUAAUGACUGUUAAAUAAAUUUAAAAAAAGUUCAAA